AUGGAGUACGACCUCCCUGGCCGGUUCCCUGCACACUGUUGUGAUUCAAUUAACCGGAUAGCAGCUUUCCAGCUGCACAUUGCGGAUGCUUAUUUAUCCAUGGUUUGUCAUUACAAUGCAGAAGACCGACUGCCCGCUUUGGCCUUGUACUUCAAUGACCAUGCUGAGAGGAAGAGGGAGAAUGCCAAGAGAUUCCUAAGAUUUCUGAGGAGACAUGAAUGCCGUGUCCUCCUUCCAUUUCUUAAGAGGCCUGAUCAGUGGGUAACUGGCAUGAACGCCUUAACGUAUGCACUAGAAUUGGAGAAAGAAUUAUACGACAUGCUGCAAGACCUGAGGAGUACAACUUCUCUCAUAGGUGAAGAUGAACUCUUUGACUUUUUGCAAAUGUUCGUUGAUGAACAGAGAAAGAACAUAACUUUUCUGGAACACGAAUUGGCCCGAAGCAAUUCAGAAACGCCUGCUGUGACUUUUGGUGAACAUAGUGAAUCCCAAUGUGAGCAACAUAACCCUUGA